AUGUCUAAUGAAUUCAAAGAUCUUGCACAGAUCAACGGCCCAGAGAGUCAACGAUCAGCAAAAGGGAAGGAAGAAGUAGGAAACUUAACACUGCAACUCGCAAGGUCAUUAUUUGGUGGUUUUAGAUUCGAAAUUGUUGAUAAUUUUUUUCAUGAAAUGGUCACUUUAAAUGAUAUUCCGAAAAGUGCUGCGCCUCGCUUAUGUUUGGACAUCAAGAGUCAACAGGCAAUCGAUGGGGAGAUGAAAUGGUCGAGGAAGUUUUUAAUGGAAAACAUUUUUCAAUCGCGGGUGCACAACGCUAAAAAACCGUCUCGCCACACCAUUCGUUGUAAAUAUGAACAGAUAUGA